UUUGUUAAAAAAAACUAAAAGGGCUAAAAAGUAAUUUGACGGACAAAAGCAAAAGCAGGUCAUCGUUGAACUAGUACAAAAGGCCGAGCCGAAUUCCCAUAUAAAACCACACAAAUACCUCGCACACAGAAGAAAAUAAGAAAAGAACAGAGAUUAAGCCCUACUGCCCUAGCUAUUCCUUCUUUAUUUUUCUUUGAAAUUCCAAAAGAACAUAAACAAAUCAUUAAAAAGAUAAUUUUUUUUAAAAAAAUUUAUUAUUCAGAAAAGGGAUUAUUAUUAUUAUGGAACCGUGACCGUGACCGAUACUAUUAUUAUUAUUUCUUCUAUUUUUUUUCAUGGCCAAACCCGACAACUUUCCCGAGAAACAAACAUGGGGUACAUGGGAGGAGCUCUUACUUGCCUGUGCCGUUCACCGUUACGGCACCGAGAGUUGGGACUCCGUUGCUAUGGAACUCCAGAAACGUACUUCCACGCUCCGACACCUCUUCCUUACUCCUCUCUCUUGUCAGCAGAAGUUUCAAGAACUUAAGCUCCGGUUCGCUGAAAACGACGCCGGAGGCGACGAUGCUAAAACUACUAAUAACAUCACCACCGCCGUUCCUUGGCUCGAUGAGCUCCGAAAACUCCGCGUUGCUGAACUCCGCCGCGAAGUCCAACAAUAUGACCUCUCCAUCGUGUCGUUGCAAUUGAAGGUGCAGAGAUUGAAAGAAGAGAGAGAACAGAGCUUGGGAGAUAACGGAAAAGAAACUGAAAAAACGGAUCUGGAGAGAGAGGAGGAAAGCGAUAAGAAGGAAGAAGAAAACGAACCGGAAAAUCAAAUCCAAAAACCGGUUCACGCCGGCGAAGAGUCGGACCGGGAGAAUCGUUCGGUGAACGAGUCGAACUCUACAGAUCCGAAGGAUGAGAGUCCGGGAGCCGGACCGGAGGAGGCGAAGGUUGAACCGGUACUGGUCGAACCGGAAGGUGGUGGAACGGGUAAGGAGAUGGAGAGCGAGAAGCCAGCGGGAGAGGAUUCGUGCAACGGGAGUUGUGAUAGCGUGGCGAAGGAAUCGGCGGGGAACUCGGAAAGAGGUGACCCGGGGACAGAACCUGGUGACUCGCCCGAGUCAGUAGCCGAGUCAAAGGGGGAAGAACCAAAUAGAGAGAGCAGCGAUGUACAGAGCUCGGCAAGCUUGUCCGGAAAGGAAAAGAAAAAGGCUGAACCGGACGAACCGGAUAAUGAGGAAUUGGACCAAUCUCCGGCCAUCAAGGUUUCCAUUGAAUCUCAGCCGUUGGUUGAGUUCCUCGAGAUCUUCCGGUCUCAUAAUCUCGGCUCCCUCUUUGAGCGCCGACUCGAUGGCCAGGAAACACCAGAUUACCUGAACUUGGUUCGGCAACAUCUUGACUUUGAGACUAUUCGGACAAGGCUCGAAGAAGGCUGGUAUUCAGGAUGCAAAAGCAAGUUCUUUAGAGACUUAUUGUUGCUUUUAAACAAUGCCAUUGUUUUCUUUGGCAAGAAGUCGUCAGAAUACGCAGCUGCUGUUGAGCUUCGGCCACUUGUUUCAAAGGAGAUUGCUGUCCAGAUUCCCAACACAAACUCGUUGCCCAAAGCACAAUCCUACACGCUGCUUGAAUCCCAGAUGCCUAUGAAACCAGAACCGGAACCAGCACUCUCCUUGUCAAUGAAACCUAAAUUAUCAGUCCCAUUGAUCGCUUGUCGCAAACGGAGCUCAAUUACUGCAAAAGCAUCAACAUCAUCUUCUGGACAAGACAAAAAAAGGCAGCCGAUAGCCACAUUGAUGAAUGAGAAACCAGUUCUAGAUUGGAAACAGCAUGAUAAAUCGUCUGAGAAAGCCGAGGAAAGUCUUGUAACAAAGAAGAGAACAAGAGAAAGAUCUGCCUCUGGUGCAAGAAAAGCAAGCAAAAAUGUAAAGACUCGUAGUAACACAAGCACAAACAAAAAUUCAGAUGCCAAUACCAAUACUGCCAUUUCAAGCAAAGGUGGGUCAUCGAAUGAGGAUUCGGAAUCCAAGGCUGAGAAGGAGAAGACCAACGCAAAUAUCAGUUCAAAGAAGCGAAGUGCAGCAAACUUCCUGAAUAGAAUGAGAAGGAGCUCUUCAUCCAAUAAUGGGCCAUUAAUAGAGACGCUGAAGGGUGUGAUUAGCUCCGAUAAUGGUAAAGGAGAUGGAGGUGAGCAGAAGAAAAACAGCAAUAGUAAAGGUGAUCAACGUAAGGAUCAAAUAUCAACUCCACGGACACGUUCCGGUGGAAAAAGAGCAAAAGAGAUGGGAAGCCCAGCAAAGAGGAGUACAGGACGACCACCGAAGAGAGCAGCAGCACCAUCUCCUGCUACUCCGUCAGUUCCUGCUAAACGGGGAAGAGAAGUUGUUGAGAACGAAUUGGGUAGUGGACAUGCAAAGAAGCGAUCGAGAAAGUGAAAUGGAUAAUUCCUGUAUCCUUUUCUUUUUUUGGGUAUUUUUGUAAGAUGGUUCAGCCCCAUAUAGCUAAUUGUGUUAGGCGGUUAAAUUAUAUUUUGUUCUAUCAAAUGUAUGUUGCUCCAUCGGGGUUGAGAAUGUCUAGCAACAUGGCAACUAAUCAUACGAAAACCAAUUUCUUUUGACUUGUACGAUUUGGCCAAAUCUUUGACAGUCUGUUUGCAAUAGACUCGAUGCAUAUACAAUCCUCGAGCAUAAGUCUACUUUA